GAAAUACAAUGGUUUCCUUGUCUUCAAAAGUAGAAAUCUGGUACCUCCUUGUUUCCUAGACUGUUUUGUUUUCUCCAUCAGCUCUACAAUGUCUUUCCAAGGAUAAUGAAUUUCCUUCCGGGUCCGCACCAAGCACUCUUUAGUCAUAUGGAGAAAAUGAAGAUAUUUGUUGCCCGUAUGAUUGAAAACCACAAGAGAGACUGGAAUCCUGCUGAAGCAAGAGACUUCAUUGAUGCUUAUCUCCAGGAAAUAGAAAAGCAUAAGGGCGAUGCUGCUUCAAGUUUCUGUGAAGAAAACCUCAUCUACAACACCCUGGACCUCUUCUUUGCUGGAACAGAAACAACUUCAACCACCCUGCGCUGGGGGCUGCUCUACAUGGCCCUGAACCCCGAAAUCCAAGAAAAAGUCCAAGCUGAGAUUGACAGGGUGCUCGGCCAAUCGCAACAGCCAAGCACAGCCGCGCGAGAGUCCAUGCCCUACACCAACGCUGUCAUCCACGAGGUGCUGCGAAUGGGGAACAUCAUCCCUCUGAACGUGCCCCGGGAGGUGGCAGUGGACACCACCCUGGCCGGAUACCACCUGCCCAAGGGCACCAUGGUCAUGACUAACCUGACUGCACUGCACAAAGACCCCGCAGAGUGGGCCACCCCUGACACCUUCAAUCCAGAGCAUUUUCUGGAGAAUGGACAGUUUAAGAAAAGGGAAUCCUUUAUGCCUUUUUCAAUAGGAAAGCGGAUGUGCCUUGGAGAACAGUUGGCCAGGACUGAGUUGUUUAUUUUUUUUACCUCACUUCUGCAAAACUUUACCUUUAGGCCGCCAGAGAAUGAGAAUUUGAGCCUGAAGUUCAGGGUUAGCUUGACCCUUGCCCCAGUCAGCCACAGGCUCUGUGCUGUUCCUCGAGGCUGAAGUUGUUGGGGUGGGGAGAGUGAAAGAAAGCAAGAAGAAUAGGCCUUCCCCCCUCAAGGCACAGGGCCUGCUCAGAAGUGAAGGAACAGCAUCCAGUGCCUCUAGGACAGAUCAUAGGAAUCAGACACAGAGGAAACUGCUUUCAAGCUUUACUGUCUCCAGUGGGACCUUGAAGAAACAAGUUACAUUGUGAGUGAUUCCAUUUUCAUCCAGAAGAUUUAAAGUGGACAAUGAUUCCCUCUCUAAAGGAAAAAUUGCUGUAAAUAUCAGAGGAAAGAAUGGAUUUUAAAUGGUUUGGAAAUCAUAAAGCACAUCAUAAAAGUCACAGCUCUGA